ACUAGUUCCAUUCCCUGUGACAAUGAAGACAGUUAUAUAGUCUUCGCGGAGCCAGCCUGAGGAUUUAACGAUUUAUCAAGGAAAGAUCUCUCGUUUCAUUCCCAGCUUUGAAGAACGCCAUUGUCUUCCAGAGACAUAUUUAAUAAUAAUAAAAAUGAUACUAUAAUAUGUUCCAGCAACGAGAAACUAUCUCGCCUCUCGCCAGGAUACAAUGAACGACCCAGGAGAAAAAUUAAGCCUAGCGUUAAAUUGGUCUUAUAAAUUUUUUUGUUUUCCUUCCCCCAGCGGCGCGACAUUUUUUUCUUCUUCUUCCAUCUCUUGUAGAGGUGACUUCACCCAUAAGGAAAGAGCGACAUCAACCCGGCGACAGGAACCAGUGUUUUGGAGGGUGUGUAGAGGAGAGGUACCCUUCUAUGUGUGUCUGUGAUUCUGUGUGCGCGUAUGUGCGAGACUGUGGUACGUGGCGAGGCUGGAGUUAUCGCGUGAUAUCUGCAGCAUCUAUUUGUUUUCAAUUCUUCGUGUUAAUACCAUCUGCAAUAAGGAAUACCAAACGCUCCCAGAGGACGAGUCUUCCGAUGACGCCCUCUAGACUGACUGUCCUCGUUUCUUUGUUUACGCAUGGAUGGAUCCAAGCAGAACAUGUCUACCCAUCAUCAAAAGAGAACGAGAACGAUUCAGAAUACUGGAUGAAACUUGGGAAUGACGAAAUCAACGAAGCACUGGCACAGCCUAGAAUCACCAGUAUCGCCAAAAACGUCAUUCUUUUCCUCGGAGAUGGAAUGGGCGUCGCCGCUGUGACAGCAGGUCGCAUCCUGAAAGGCCAAAAGCGAGGGUAUGCGGGAGAAGAAGGGUACCUCAUAUGGGAGAGAUUUCCUAACAUUGGUCUCUUGAAGACUUACAACUUGGACAAGCAAGUCCCUGACAGUGCAGCAACCGCCACAGCGUUCCUCUCAGGAGUGAAAGGCAACUUUAAAACACUAGGAGUCAAUGGGAGAGUCAAGCUCAAUGACUGCAAGGCGUCCCUGGAAGAGAAAAAUAGGGUCAAGACCAUUCUGGAAUGGGCCCAAGAAGCUGGCAAAGAAACCGGCGUGGUGACAACUACACAGGUAACACACGCCACACCUGCCGCCCUGUAUGCCAAGACACCCAGUCGCAAGUGGCAGUGUGAUACCAGGAUCAAGGCUUUGGGAGGGGACGCUUUGUCCUGCAAGGAUAUUGCUAGACAGCUGGUCGAAGACGAACCUGGGAGAAAUAUUAAGGUGAUCAUGGGAGGGGGACGCCAGGAGAUGGGGUCCCCCUUGACGACAGGCGAGGAGGAGGAAUGCGUCCGAGGGGACGGUAGAGAUCUGGUCAGCCGAUGGAAGUCCGACAGAGAGGCCGAAGGGAAGACGUACUCCUACGCCACCUCGACGGCAGAGCUGCGCGCCGUGGAUGCCGAAAACACUGAGUUCAUCUUGGGGUUGUUUGGGGACCUCCACGUCCCCUACGAAGUGGACAGGGACAACAGCUCCCAAGGAACGCCCCACAUCAAGGAGAUGGUCGAGGUUGCCAUCAGGCGCCUGCGCAGACACGACAAAGGAUUCUUCCUGUUGGUGGAGGGCGGGAGGAUCGACCACGGCUUCCACUACAGCAAGCCGAAGAGAGCCCUGGAAGAGCUUCUGGCAUUCGAGGAGGCUCUGGAAAGGACCCUGGAACUGGUCGACCACGAGGAGACUCUCGUCGUCGUCACGGCCGACCAUUCCCACGUCAUGACGAUGAAUGGUUACCCGGAGAGGGGCAACAAUAUCUUGGGAUUGAUCGAGACCAGUGAGGACGUGUCGGAUGGCUUGCCUUACACGACGCUGAUGUUCACCAACGGCCCUGGAUACAACUUCACCUGGAAUGAUAAAGUCCAAAGGCGAAACCUGACUGGUGUCAAUACAAAUGACAAGGACUUCGUAUCUCCCUCGGGCGUCCCAACCCACGAUGGAUCUGAAACCCACGGAGGGGAAGACGUGGCCGUUUAUGCUUCAGGUCCCAUGGCUCACCUGUUCCACCGAGUUCACGAGCAGACCUACGUGGCUCACGUCAUGGGCUACGCUGCCUGCAUCGGGCCCUACCACGGUUGCGUUCGUUCGGUGCGAGACCCUUCCAACGCCUACGAAACCCUGGGCGAGUAUGCAGGAAGGGGAGCUCCCGCUACAGCGAACGCUGCCAGUUGGCUCUUUGUUUACAUGGUCGCGUUACUGCAACUUAUGAACAUUCUAAACAUAAUAUGUUGAAUUUCGUUUAAUUGUAGUCGGACGGAUGAUCUGUGUUGACCUUGGGUGUUGAGACGUCAGUGUGCCAGUUCGUCUGUUCGCAAUACAUGUCAAAAACAGAACUUUGCGGAGGAGGGCGUUGUCAUUCAGUCAGCGGUUGAUGAGAUUCCGAGGUGACUCAGCUGACCAGCGGCAGCGAAGGAUACUUAUUUAUAGCGUUCAUGUUGUCCGCAAAAGUCGUCAAUUAAGUUGAUAUUUUCGUGGAAGCAGAUGUGCUUCGAUGGAUCUUUUCAGUGCACAAGAACUUUGUGACUGUCAAAGGCACAAGGCCACAGGUGUUUCAAAUAUGCAAAACGUUGCAGUCACCGACACUGUUGCAUUCAUAUUUGAAUAUUAUGAACACGACUCUCAUUAGUAGAGGACCUGGAUCCGAUUUCCUAGUAAAGAAGAGCGCCUAAGACUGGUAGCAUUAAAUUCCAAUGCCUUUCUCUUCAAGAAUGAGCGCUGAAUUCUGUAUUUGUUAGUUAGACUGUGGUGGGUCUUAGUAUGGGUUAGAAAAGUCGUGGAGCUAGCGACUCCAUGACGAUCUCUGGAGAGAUACCUCUCUCUCUCUC